AUGGCUAUGAACAUCCGCCGAACGACGAGAGCGCUGGGCGCCCUUCGCCCCAUGGCUGCCCGCUCCGCCGUCAAUGCCCGCCAGUACUCCACAUCCGAGCCCGACCUGAAGACCACCCUGAAGGAAGCUAUCCCCGCCAAGCGCGAGCUUCUCAAGAAGGUCAAGGCUCACUCCAACAAGGUCAUUGGUGAGGUCAAGGUCGAAAACACCCUCGGUGGCAUGCGUGGCCUCAAGGCCAUGGUCUGGGAGGGCUCCGUCCUCGACGCUAACGAGGGCAUCCGCUUCCACGGCCGCACCAUCAAGGACUGUCAGAAGGAGCUUCCCAAGGGCAAGACGGGCACUGAAAUGCUUCCCGAGGCCAUGUUCUGGCUCCUCCUGACCGGUCAGGUCCCCUCCACCAACCAGGUUCGCCAGUUUUCUCGCGAGCUUGCUGAGCAGGCUCAGCUGCCCGCCUUUGUCAACAAGAUGCUUGAUGAUUUCCCCACCGAUCUUCACCCCAUGACCCAGUUCGCCAUGGCUGUCUCCGCCCUCAACUACACCUCCAAGUUCGCCAAGGCCUACGAGAACGGUCUCAACAAGGCCGACUACUGGGAGCCCACCUUCGACGACAGCAUCUCGCUGCUCGCCAAGCUGCCCACCAUCGCCGCCAAGAUCUACCAGAACUCUUACCGCGGUGGUGGUGCCCUUCCUGCCGAGGUCGAUCUCGGCCAGGAUUGGUCGUACAACUUUGCCGCCAUGCUCGGCAAGGGCGGCAAGGAGAACGAGAACUUCCAGGACCUCCUGAGGCUGUAUCUCGCCCUUCACGGCGACCACGAGGGUGGCAACGUCUCUGCUCACGCCACGCACCUUGUCGGCAGCGCCUUGAGCGACCCCUUCCUCAGCUACAGUGCCGGUCUGCAGGGUCUUGCUGGUCCUCUUCACGGUCUCGCCGCCCAAGAGGUUCUCCGUUGGAUCCUUCAGAUGAAGGAGAACAUCCCUUCGUCCUACACCGGCAAGGACGUCACCGAAUACCUGUGGUCGACCCUCAACUCGGGUCGUGUCGUUCCAGGCUAUGGCCAUGCCGUCCUCCGCAAGCCCGACCCUCGCUUCGAGGCCCUCAUGGACUACGCGUCUGCGCGUCCUGAGAUUGCCGAGGACCCUGUGUUCCAGCUCGUCAAGCUGAACAGCGAGCUUGCCCCUGAGGUCCUGAAGAAGCACGGAAAGACCAAGAACCCUUACCCCAAUGUCGACUCGAGCUCUGGCGUCCUCUUCCACCACUACGGCUUCCACGAGACCCUCUACUACACUGCCACCUUCGGCGUCUCCCGAGGCCUCGGUCCUCUGGCUCAGCUCAUCUGGGACCGCGCCUUGGGUCUUCCCAUUGAGCGCCCCAAGAGCAUCAACCUUGAGGGUCUCCUUAAGCAGGCCGAGAGCGCGUAA